CAUACCGGCCUUCACAUCGUACUUCUUUUGUUCUCGAGUAUAUCAAAGAUUUUGGCUAAUUCCUGCAUAUCUUGGGAUAGCGAGCUCAAUAUCCGGGCUUAGAGCAAUGGUGAGGGGAGACGGCAGCUCAGCGACAGGAGGACGUGGACGACUAUCUAGUACAUCAAGGAGCGAUCAAAUUCAAUGCAGCGUUCAACUUCUCGAUGACUCGCAGUUUGUGCGAGCGGUCGUGAAAAAUGCUAAAGGAUGUGAUGUGUUGAAUGCUGUGUUGGAUCAUCUCGAUUUGGUUGAACGAGCAUACUUUGGAUUGCAGUACACUGAUGAAGAUGAUCAAAUGAGGUGGCUGGAUGUUAACAAAAAGCUUCGAAAACAGAUGAGACGUGAGAUGCAGUUAGUGGUGUGUUUGGCUUUGUGUGAGGUAGCCGAUGCUGUUAUAGGGGCAGAUCCGUACAUUCUGUAUUUUCGUGUUAAGUUUUAUGUACAAGAUCCUGCCAAGUUACAGGAGGAGUUGACCAGGUAUCAGUUUUUCUUGCAAGUGAAGAGUGACAUUUUGAGAAACAAGCUGCCAGUGACUGAAGAAAUGGCUGUUUCUCUCUCAGCUUAUGCUGCUCAAUCCGAGUUGGGGGAUUUCGAUGCUAACAUACACACGGACGGCUACUUGUCAGAGUUUCGAUUUGUACCAAAUCAGACACCAGAGCUUGAACAACUUAUUUCUCAGGCUCACCAAAAGCUAAUUGGCCAAACACCAGCUGAUUCAGAGUUCUACUACUUGGAGAAAGUGAAGCGAUUGGAUUUGUAUGGAGUUGAUCUACACUAUGCCAGAGACCAAGACGAUGCUGAACUUUAUCUUGGGGUGACAGCACUUGGUAUAGUGGUGUUUGCUAACAAGCAGAAGAUAAAUACUUUUUCUUGGCCUAAAAUUCGGAAGAUCUCAUUCAAAAAGAAGAGGUUCUUCAUCCAAAUCAAACACGAUGAUGACAGUUGGUUCUCUGAUGUGAUUGAAUUUAACUUGCAAAGUAACAGGACGUGCAAAGCCAUGUGGAAGACCUGUGUUGAGCAUCACUCCUUUUUUCGAUUGUCGGAACCAACCGCCAACACUCACAAGGUCGUUACAAUGUUUCGAUUUGGCUCAAAAUUUAGAUACAGUGGUAGAACUCAGAAGCAGACUGAGAGAGAAGGGAAAACAAAGCAACGAAAUAAGGAGUUUACUCGAUCUCCAAGCAAACGGUUUCAAAGGCGAACAGUUGGUGCUUAUGCUCACUACUCAAAGCAUCAUCGUCAGCAAGUUAAUGAAGGAACGACUGAUAGUAGCUCACCUCCUGAUGUUUCUGAUGCUCCUGGUGUCUCAGCGAUUGAAGGAAAUGGACAGACGACACUCUUUGCAGCUGCAGAAGAAUCACCACUUUCUGAAAUUGUAUCGAAAGAUGUGAAGGUUGAAGAAUCGGUUAAACGUACGCCUUCUCCUCCUCCUCCUCCUGUGGCUCCACGACCAGAGCCAGCAAUGCCUGAAUUUACUACCGACAGUCCGGUUUCAACUGAUGGUUUGUUGUAUAUCAAGUUGGAACCUGAUGAGAGAGGUCGAUUCGGAUUCAAUGUGAAGGGUGGGCUUGAUCAGAAUCUGCCAGUGGUGGUAUCUAAAGUUGCAGCGAACACUCCAGCAGCCACUGUCGUUCCAAGAAUAAUUGAUGCAGACCAAGUUCUCUUUAUAAAUGGAACCAGUGUCACUGACAAAGCACAUGAACAAGUUGUCCAGUUGAUUAGGGAGACUCGAAACUUGAAUCCAUGUGCACUGGAUCUUAUUGUCAAACCAGCAACUGCAAUACAUUGGAGGAUACCGAAUACUGAAGAACAUAGCAGGACUGCAAUGGAGCAGCUACGUGUGCAUAUUGCCAACAAAGUGAUUGAAACUCAGUUUGAGCAUCUGCAUCGUAAAACACCAGGCUUGACUCAAAAAGAUGGUGCCAAACCAGAAAAUGCCAGCAAGAACAGAUACUUGGACAUCCUGCCAUAUGAUCACACCAGAGUUGUUCUUCAAGGGGAGGAUGACAAUAACUACAUCAAUGCCAAUUUUGUCAAUAUGGAUUUACCACACACCAGUGAAGUGAACAAGUACAUCUCAUCACAAGGUACAUUGGAACAUACAGUGAAAGACUUCUGGCAGAUGAUCUGGGAACAGGGAAUUAAACUGAUAGUUAUGUUGACGAAAGAAUAUGAAGAUGAGCAUCUGAAGUGCUUCCGUUAUUGGCCUCCUGUCGGUGAAACUAAAAAUCAUGGACGAUUGGAAGUCAGAUGUGAAGAGGAGGAAGUUGAAGAAAUCUGUACAAUGAGACAAGUUUUGUUGAGAGAUGCCGAAAGUGGGGAUACAAGACUUGUGGAACAGCUACAGUACAUUGCAUGGCCUGAUCACGAUACGCCUGACGAUUGCCACGAAUUCUUGAAGUUUGUGCAGCUCAUUCAGCAGCGAAGAGGACACACCGAAGAACCGAUUCUUGUGCACUGCAGUGCCGGUGUUGGUCGAUCUGGAGUGUUCAUUCUUGUUGAUACAGCCUUGUCAAUGCUGCAGGCUUCUGUAGCUGUAUAUCCGUUGGAUCUGCUUCGUAUCAUGCGCGACCAACGACCCAUGAUGAUUCAGACAACUGAUCAGUACGAGUUCGCUUGCACGUCGAUUCUGAAGGCGUACGACGAGAACUUGUACCAGCUUCCAGCCGCGGAAUCAGAGCACGCUGAUGCGUCGGACGAGGACUGAAGAGCGCAUUAGUAACGGAUAGUUUUGAGUAGCUAGAGCGACUUUGCAUCAUUGGACUUUGCUAUACGUACAUUGAUUGCCACUGGUAUCGUUUUCUUUGUUAGAACAGCCUAAAGCAUCGGACGUUUUCUAGUUGAUUGCUAGUCAGUGCGACUCGCAACCGACGGUGCUUUUUGAUCGUAUGUUGUUGUGUAAUGAAAUAUGAGGAGGUAACAGUA